AUGUCGCCACCAUCGAGCAGUAGGAUAAACAAAUCAAGAACAUUGGGGAUAGUGGGUGCAGCUAUAGCAAUAUUGGCCACAUCAUACUAUAUAUAUCAAAAAGUCACGAGUACAGAAGACGAUAAUGGGAUAAGACCUCGAAAGGACGUUCCAACGGAAGAGAACAAAAAGGCAAGGAAGAGCAAAUGUAUUAUAAUGAGCAGGUCGAUACAAGGGCUACCUAUAAAUUGGGAUGAAUAUGCCGCUGACGAGGUGGUUCUACUGGUACCUACAACUCAGACUAAUGGAUCAAUCAAGCAGGCUAUUGAAGAUGCCUUCCGCAAAUCAAAAAACGAACACAAAAUUAUACACUGCGAUAGUAUGGAUGGAUUAUGGUCUUGUGUAAGACGGCUAGGCAAAUUCCAGUGCAUAUUAAAUUCCAAGGACUUUACGAGUAGCGGUGGUAGUGAUGCGGCAGUUGUUCCCGAAGAUAUAGGGAGGUUCGUCAAUUUCGUUAUUGAUAGCGAUAUAGAAGAUGUGCUGAUUGACACGUUAUGCAAUUAA